ACUAUUAUAUCUAUUACUUUAUGAAGAUACGCAUUAGACCCAACAUAUUGAAACUCAUUUUAUCCAAGACAAAGUUUAUAAAUGUCCUCUCCAAUGUUCUAUCAACGGAAUCGGUGCAAAUAAACUGUUUUCUUUAUCGAUAUAUCUUGAUUAUCACUUUAGGAUAUAGCCUGAUGCAGAUGUUGAGGAUCAAAAUAAACUAGAAUUCCGCAAGAGAAAUACAUAUAUAUAUCCAAAAUGUCAAUCAGCGAUGACGUAACAUUGACUGACAAAGAAGCAUUGUCAUAUCUAGACGAGAAUCUCAGAAUGGCGUCAGUGGAGCAGAUGCUUUCCGCUGACAGAGAAACCCUUUUGAACGAGAUCAUAGCCGCAAUGCAUCGUCACCUACCCUUCCACACUGUCAAGAAUCUGGUCACCCCGCAAGAGAAUAGACACCUACCCACCCUGGAAGAAAUCAAGGAAGACAUGCACGAAGGAACAGGUGGCCUGUGCUACACACUCAAUGUAUUCUGCAGGAUGUUGCUUCGAGCGUUGGCAUACGAUGUAGUCUUCGUACCCAGUGAUUGCCGAGGGUACAAGGAUGUCCACAUGCUGCUCAUGGUGCGUCACCUGACAGCCGAAGGAAGCAGUCACAUGGUUGACGUUGGAUCCGGGUGUCCGUCAUUUCGUGCCAUUUCUUUCGACUUCGAGGGCGAGACGUCGCCCGUAUACCAGGAUUCCUUCCUGCGCUACCGGUUCGUCCGCCAAGGAGACGCUGUUGUCCGGCAACAUGCCAUUAUAACGGACCAAGAUAGAGCUGAGGAGUUUGAGGCCACUACCGGGGUAUGGUUUUCAUACAUCACCAUCCAUUACAAGAAAUACGUCAGGAUGGACUACUUCAAAGACACCACAACGGCAUUCUAUACAGUGGUCAAUCCGGACGUUCCCUUCUUGACCAGCCUGCGAUGUCUGGCAUUUCCCGAUAGUCGAUUCAUCUGUAUCAAAGACACCACCUUACUAAAAGAGAAAGAAGGUGGACGGGUGGAGAAGUCUUAUUUUCGAUCACGUGAUGAGAUCUUGUCGGCAUUUCUGCUUUAUUUUCCUCAAUUUCCUCGAAGUGUGAUACUUACUGCAAUGAAUGACCAAAAUGUGUCAUUUGAUUUUAAUAAGAAAGUGGAAUAAGGUAUCAAAAUGAAUGACUUUGUUGGUUUAAGAUGUCAUCACCAUGACCACGGUGAUGGUUAGAAAAUAUACAAUUAAGAAGUUUAUAUUCAAAGAAAGACAGAUAGAUAACGUGAGGAUGAUACAGAUAUACAGACAUAUGAAAAUGAAGAGAAGAAAUUUCUUGUAUAAUAUCAACUUUGAUAUAUCUAACUUGUUAUUAUGGGAUCUUAAAAAUAGGCCUAGAGUUCCUUGUAUUUCCGGAAAAGUAUUCAGCUGUGGUAGUGCUCUAUAAACUGAAUGCUUUGUAAGCCAUUAGAUAAUAGCGAGUUUUCGCACAUACGGCUCAGAACGAAUUCAAGAACAUAGUAAAUGUAUUGAAAAUGCCCGUUAAAUCACAUUGAACAGCUGGGAGGUCUGCUUUGACGAAAAUUUGUGAACCGGCACAGAAGUUUCGCCCUAAGUUCUUGAUGUGACGAAAAAUUGCAAAUAUGUAGUUGCCCAGAGUCCAGAACAAAACUGCUGCUUUGAUUCACCAAGUCUCCACAAUAAAACUUCUUGGUUGCUCAUUGUCAUGAAGAGCAUUUGAAGAUACAUUUUCUAUGUUCUUGAAAGCGUUCUGCGUCGCGGUGCCAAAACACCCUAGUUUCUCCUCUUGUCGCAUGUUGGGAAGGAGCUGUAACUUGCAAUAUAUGCAAAAAGAAUUUAAGGGUCUUAAAGCAUAGUAUUCCACUUGGCUUUGAAGUUCCUUGCGGCACACCUUUCUUCUGCCGAGGUGAUCUGUGGAAGCCUAGUACCAGCUCCGAAUUUGUAUAAAAAUAUAUAUUGGUAUAAAAAAUUAUGAAUUCCGUUAACGGUUAGUCAGAAAUAGGACAUCGAAUAUGUUUAUCAAAUUUAGCAGUUACAGUCAUGACCAUGCACACCUCAUAUUUUGUGUACCAGAGUCGAUCAAAGGAAAAUUAGAUUCUUAUAUUGAAAAGUUCAAUAUUUGACCAUGUUCUGAUCAUUUGCGUACAUUUUAAUGCUCUGUCCUUUAAUCCACGAUUUACAAUUUCCGAUAUCAGUUACUUUGCUUAUUCGUGUUUCCGAUGGUUGUUGUUGUUUUGUAUGUAUGCAGUUGAAAUACAGUGGUAUGGAAUUACAAACGUUUGCAUUCGCUCUUGAAACGCAUUACACAUUUGACCAUUCAUUAUUAAAUCAUUAAAACAGGCAGUGAACAGUUACCGGGAUACGGCGUUCUGAUGAUUGCUUUUUAAACAUUUAUCAUUAAUGUGUUCUAUUAUCUAACCAGCUGGUUAACAGAUGCAUAGCGAUUUAUCGGCGGUAUCGAGCAUAGGUUCAAAGAAAAGCUGGUUAAUGCUGCUCCUUCUUAACACCACUCUGAUUGUAGCUUUUUUUUUUACCUUGUUUUGCCUUGUACAAUUUCAAAUUUGAAUAUAACUGUCUUCUUUUGGGAAUUUUCUUUUUCCUUUUUCUUAAAGACUGUGCGAUAUACUUGUCUUUUGUGAUAUUGUCUAUUUUUUUGUACAACACAGAUAUAUACUUCAUUUAAACGGUGGUUAAUAGUUUUAAUGAAAAUAAACUUGUGAAUAUUUCAUAAUGUAAAGUUGGCUUUGGGAUUGAAUUCUUCGCUUUAUAUGUUUAAUUUGUGAAUACGCUAUAAACGUUCCCAGCUAAAAAUGUCGUAUGUUAUUAUCUUAAUAUAUAGUAUAGACCUCGGUGUUGUUACUACAUUUUUUUUUUUUAAAGAAGUGUUUGUCCUCAAUAUAAAUGAAAUGAAUUGAACCUAAAUCUGAAAUAAUUGUUUACGAAGUAGUUGGUCUACCAAUCAGUUUUGAAGAUGAAAUUAUUUAAAUAAAUUUAUCGACAAGUGACAAGAUGUUCACAUAACAAGCGGAAGUGGUUUACGGCACACGAUGAGUAAAGACCUGGAAAGGGCUGAUUAAAAAAGAGGUAGAAGUGAAAUGGAGAGGCAGGAAAAUGGAAGUUAGGAAGCAGAGUGUAGUCCUUAAAAGUACUGUGUACCAGAAAGAGUAUAAAUGGUUGAGUAGU